GACUGGCCAAUUCCUAUUGUUAAACAGAAGAAAAGUCUGCUCGAAUGUAAUACUUGUGGGAUUGGUCUUUGUCUUCUUGCACAGGUUUAUGCUCCGAUAUCAAGUGAAUCAUUGGCAAUAAACGAGCGGAUUAUCUAUGUUUUUGGAUGUUUGACCCCACAUUGUGAGAGUCCUUUUUCAGCCCUAGCACACAAUCCCACCCCCAACUCUUCAAGCGGAUUGGGGACAAAUUUACAUGGGAUGCCCAUCUCGGUUCCCAUCGCCUCCGUCUUAAGCCGGCCGAGCCUAAGGCGGACAAAAAUUAGUCGCUCGACUCUGAAGAUGCAGAACCGCCUCAGUAGAAAACCCGAGCGCCGAAGUAGAACCUUCGGAGGUCAAGCGUGGUGUAGUCGAGAACCUUCUCAGGAUACAUUUCAACUCUUUCGUUGCCUCAUUGCAGUGAUGCCAUGCUUCUACAUAUGCCCUUUAGAAGAAAAACUAUCAAAAAAUAUUUCCAACAAGAGUUCCAAGGCCUCCUUGCUCUCGAUGCAACAGUGUGAUUACACUUUGGAAGAUCAGUCAACUGGAGAAACAUAUGAAGAAGAGAAUUACGAAUAUGAUAGAGCAUUGAGUGCCGACAGGACUUACCUGAAAUUCAAGAAACGUGUGGAUGCUUACCCAGAGCAAUGUUUCAGAUAUUCUUAUGGUGGGAAGCCUCUAUUGGCUUCUGAAGAAACGGAAAAUCCCGGGAUGUGUAACCUAUGUGGUGGGCAAAGGCAUUAUGAACUGCAGUUGAUGACGCCAUUGAUACACUUUCUGCAGGAAGCAGCCAACGACUUGCAGAGAACAUCCUUAGAGAAAUUUAAUUGGAUGACUUUGUUAGUCUACACUUGUUCCAAGAACUGUGCAGACUCGUCGUAUCAAGUCAAAUCUGGCAGUGAAGACUGGAUAAUAGCGGAAGAGGCAGUUAUCUUGCAGCAUGAGUAG